CUCCUUCAAGCGGGGUCCAGAGCAUCCAACGUUGCUCAUUGUUCCUCGUCCCGCCCGCUUGCUUUCGUCCUCCUCGCGCAUCGCUACCGUCUUCUCGUGCACUUCAUCUCCCUCGCAGUGCCAGUUCUUUGUUGUUUGCUUGCAUUUCUUUUGUGGGUUCGUGAGAAAAUCGUGCGUUUCGGAGCCAGGGUUGAGAUCAGGUUUCCGCCUUUAGGGUGUUGCUCCGCUCGCCAAAAUUACAGAUCCGGGGCAGAAGCAGUCCGGCACGUCGGGGUUCAUGUUGGAGUUGUCGGACACGGAGAUUCCGGCCUCUUUUGACCCAUUCGCGGAAGCGAAUGUUGAGGACAGCGGGGUAGGUUCGAAAGGAAGUGGCUAUGUGCAUGUUAGGGUGCAGCAGCGGAAUGGACGAAAGAGCUUAACAACCGUUCAGGGGCUGAAGAAAGAGUUCAACUACAACAAGAUUCUCAAGGAUUUGAAGAAGGAGUUCUGCUGCAACGGAGUCGUGGUUCAGGAUCCAGAACUGGGUCAGGUUAUCCAGCUUCAGGGUGACCAGCGGAAGAAUGUCUCCAACUUUCUCGUUCAGGCGGGGAUUGUAAAGAAAGACCUCAUCAAGAUUCACGGUUUUUAAACCUGUGGACCGCCACGAUGCGGUGGCGCUGUCGAUUGUAUUCAUGACAUAUAUGUCUGGAAGGGCACCACCGUAGAUAUAAUGUGGCGUAUUAUACUUGAUGCGGGAAGUAAUGGCAGAUCUGUGCAUGUUGCAGUCAAUCGUGGAAUAGAACCAUUUAGAGCUUAUGGUCGCGACUUGUCGUCGUAGGUAUCCUUUGGUGUGUAUUGCAGCUGGAUGGGUAGUAGAUGUGGGGAUGAAUAAUAUGUACCGCAAACUAUGGUGUUCUUUUAUUAUUGUGAACCUAUUUGUUGAUUACUACUGAA